AUGAUGAAGAUUGACAACUAUCAGGAUAGUAGUGCUGAUGCUAGUGAUAAUAUUAAGUCUAGUGAAGGGAAAAGUGAUAGCGAGGAGAGCAGUAGAGACACUAGUCGAGAUGAGGAUAAUCCCAUAUCCUUGUCCAUUUGUGCAAGAGAUAUCUCUGGGAAGUUGUAUGACCUAGCGACGUGGUUAGAUGAGAUCGUUUCCAGCAAAGAUCUCUGUUAUCCAAUUAACAUGUGUUACGAACAUCAAGCUAUUUUAGCACCACUUUUGCAAUUUUCCUUGAACAACUGUGGAGAUCCCUUCACUCAAAGCCCUACAGAUUUCCAUUCAAAAGAUUUUGAAGUAGCUGUUUUAGAUUGGUUUGCUCAACUCUGGGAAAUAGAGAAAGAUGAAUAUUGGGGAUGCAUUACUAGUGGUGGUACUGAGGGAAAUCUCCAUGGCCUUUUGGUUGGAAGAGAGCUACAUCCUAGUGGGAUAUUAUAUGCAUCAAAAGAUUCACAUUACUCGAUUUUCAAAGCAGCAAGAUUGUAUCGAAUGGAGCUAGAAACGAUUAACACUUUAGUUAAUGGGGAAAUUGAUUAUGAAGAUUUGCGAUCAAAGUUACUUGUCAACAAGAACAAACAAGCCAUCAUCAAUAUCAAUAUUGGUAAAAAUACAUAUAUUCUUAGAUCUUAUAACAUCACUUUGGUAAAUUAG